AGUGAAUAAAAAGAGAAAUUUUUUUUUGCGUUGAGGUGCAUUCCAAAGUGAACAAUUAAUCAUCAGUUCAAUUUAAUUAGUGGGACUUUAUUUAGGCACUGGAGGUUUUCCAAAUUUCCUGGAAAUUCCAAAAAUGGAAUUUGUUCGGGAAACGAUGGAUUUUUAGUUUCAAAUUUUGUUGGAAAUUCAGGGGAAAAUUUCUCGUGAAUUAAGGAAAAUAAAUGGCCGUUUGUAAUUGAAAAAAGGCUCGACCUGGAGCCGGAGAUAUCACGUGAGACAGAUGGGUAUCCGAAAGCGAUAAUUAAUCACGUCCAUUGAUGAGAGAUAAGUGAGAGGAAUUAGUGGGAGAGCGGGAAAACAGGUGAGUAGAGGGGUGUGAAGGGUGAAAUUCAAGAGUGUGUAGCAUUCGCGCCUGCGCAUUUCGGUUAAUCCCACACUCUCAAGGCGUUCGAGUGCUCCGAGGAAAGGAGGGAGGUACAUUGGGCACUUGGUGCACCCUGUACACCAUUUCAUCUCAGUCGGGAUGCCGGUCGUGCACCCUCGUGACGUUCACUAUCACCGGGAUGAUCGGUGAAUCAAGUGUUUCGGAUAUGAAGACCGCGUGGAUCGUUAUUAUGUUAACAAUUGCCGGAUGUGCUUUCACAGAGAUUCUGCCGACAGCCGAAGGACCAACUUUCGUUCGCGCUAUAGUAAAUGUAACAGCCCCAGUGGGAAGAGACGCUGUGCUUGAAUGUAUAGUGGAGCACCUCUCAAACUACAAGGUUGCCUGGCUGCAAGUCAACACUCAGACUAUUUUGACAAUAGCUGUUCACGUAAUUACGAAGAACCACAGGAUAGCAGUGACACACAGUGAUCACCGAGCCUGGUAUUUGCAUAUAAAGGACGUCAGGGAGAGCGAUCAAGGGGACUACAUGUGUCAAAUUAAUACUGAUCCAAUGUUGAGUCAAGUUGGACGUCUCAAAGUUGUUGUGCCCCCUGACAUUCUUGAUUAUCCAACCAGCACUGAUAUGGUGGUGAGAGAGGGCAGCAAUGUAAGUCUUCGUUGUGCAGCAAAUGGAUCCCCAGCGCCCAAUAUCACUUGGAAACGUGAAUCUGGUGAAAAGAUAGUACUUGCUACUGAUGAGGAAGUCACGAGUGUUAAUGGGGUUUUUCUAAACAUCACGAGGGUAAAUCGCCUUCACAUGGGCGCUUACCUCUGCAUAGCCUCCAACGGUGUGCCCCCAACAGUCAGCAAGAGAAUAAUGCUCAUCGUUCACUUUCCACCGAUGAUCAUGAUUCAGAAUCAGUUAGUGGGGGCUGAGGAGGGUUCGCAGACAACUCUAGAGUGUCAUUUUGAGGCCUUUCCGAAGUCAAUCAAUUAUUGGACGAGACAGAAUGACGAUAUCAUAUCGAAUGGAGAAAAAUAUGAAGCCUCGAUGUCAGACAAUCUCCACGUCGAUGCAUACAAAGUUCAUAUGAGUCUGACGAUAAAAGAAAUUGGACCGGAUGACUAUGGAAUUUAUAAAUGUUUAUCCAAAAAUUCACUCGGCACCACCGAUGGAAGUAUCAAACUAUACAGAAUUGAUACCCCAACGACCACCCCAACCACAACCACAACAACAACAACAACACGGCUUCCACCACCCACCAUAAAAGUUGAGAAUAAAAGGAGAACUCGACCAAAAUCGAGUGCCACUAUUGCCCCGAGUUUCAACGAAUUCCUCGAUACAUCGAAAUCCACCGCCAAUGAGAAACGAGGCGCCCAAUUAAUGGAGAGGCCCAGCACCGAUGCAAAAACGGAGAGAAAAGGUAAUGGCGAGACAAUACAGCCUGACAAAACAGCACAAUCGAUGCCAUCGAAAAGUGCAGCGAUUCUAUCAUUCACGUACUCGAAUGCAGUUGUCUUUACAAUACUAUUGACUGUAUUUUUAUGGUGAUUAGUUCAGUGGAAAAAUUAAUAUUAAUUCUGGAGUCAAAAGAAAUGGGAAAUAAUCCUUUGCAUUUUUUCCUACUGAUUUUCCAACGGAAAAAUAUUUCGUUCCUUUGUGCAGGACUAUACGAGAAAGUCUAAGGGUUAAAAUUAUUUCUCCCUUUCUUGAUUAAUUAUCUGAGGCGGUAAUUAAUAAAUUACGUUAUGGGAAUGUGAAUGUGAAUUUAUGAACUGUGUGAUCACAUUUUAUUUAUUUCGGAAAUUUUAUUGGUGAGAGGAAUUUUUCAUCGCAACGCGGAAAAAGGCGACUAACGCACGAGAGGAAGAAACUCUCGGAAUAAUAAAAUCCACAAUUGUUAUAAUAAUAAAACGAAAGUAGUUGUACAUUCCUCACAAUCAAUGUGCUAACGAUCUUCUGUAAAUACUAUGAUAAAAACAAUUGGAGUAUUAAUUAUAGUCCGGUUAUUAAAUCGAUUUGUAAAUACGAGAAUCGUCGUUAAGAUAAUUAAUUAGCGUUAAUGAAGUUGCAUAACCCCUCGAGGCUCCCUUGAAUGAAUUGUAAAUAUAAAUCGUAUGCUUUACUCAAUUAUUAAUAUACGAUUUAUCGGGAGAGAUUAAUUUCCGAUUCAUGAGAAUCAUCGCCAUCACAGCCAUUACUCGAUGUUAUGAAAGUGUCGAUUUUGUAAAUAAUUAAUUGAAAUUAAUGGUGAAAAAGUCAAUCAAUGGUAAUUGAUGAGUAGCGAGGUCUUUUUGGUUAUUGACACAGUCUGAAGCUUUAAAUUUUAACAAAUUCCACUGAAAUACAGAAAAAUAAAAAAAACCUCACUUGUGAUCUCGUGUAAUCCAUUUAAUUAAUUAAAUUAGCUUUCAGUGUUCACCGAAAUCACGAUAAAUACAUGUAAAUAUUCAUAUUGAUCCAACGCGUUCAGUUUAUUCAUUUACAUAACGAGGGAGGAUUUUAUUACCACGUUUAUACCCAAUUAUCAGACAAAUAUUUUAUUUGGGAAGUUCAUUCUGAUUCGAAAUAAUCCGAAAUCUUCUGAUCUUUUGAAAAUUUUCGAAUGUGUCUACCCAUUCAUGUUUCUAUUCCACUUCAUUAUGAAUGAAUAGUGUACAUGUGUCAACAGGUUUAGUGAUUUUCGUAGAAAAAUCAUAGAUAAAUUAAUGCGAUAGUCUACAACUACGAAAUAAGUCAUUUUUAAUGAACAAAAAGAGAAUGACUGAAAAACAACAAGAAAUUGUAAAAUAUUUUGGCCAUCGAUGAUGUCUGCUCGAUGUACAUAAACAAAUUAUAAAUACACGUUUACUCGUUGUAAUGUAUAAAUAAUAAGAACUUUCUGUACAAAAAUGUGGUCUUAUGGAUUAUUC